GAAAUAAUUUUGAAAAGGUGCGCAACUUUGGAAAUGCUAAAGGCUGUGUUGUUGGAGGAGAGUGUCUUCGAUGAGCCUACGGAAGAUGAAGUAAUGCUGUAUGCCGAAAGUUUGGGAAUCGAUGUUGAAAAGGAGCAAGACUUACUUUAUAUCGCUAAGGAAGGGAUUUCUGCCCAUUUACCAACUGGCUGGCAGGUUCUCAAGGAUGAAAAUAAUCAAAUAUUUUAUUAUGACAGUGCAUCUGGUAUUAGUUUAUGGGAGCAUCCAUUAGAUAGACACUUUCGAGAUUGUGUUCUUAAAGCCCGUCAAAAGAAACAAGAUGCCAUUGAUACAACAAGUAGUUCUGGCAAAAUCCCUCAUGAUAAAUCUGUAGAAGCUGGUUACGUCGUGUCGGAUGGUUUAUUGCGCCCCCAUUCGAAAUCAUCCACCAACAACAAAGAGACAGCAAGGGGAUAUGCAUCAACCCGUUCUGGUCCGCAUGAAGGCAAGCCGAAUACAAAUAAUUCCAAAGAGCUCAUAGAAAAGCACGAAAGCGAUAAUCAACUCUCGACCAGUGCUCUUGCAGAACCUCGCUUUCAAUGUCCAGUUGUUACUACUAGAAACGAUGAUCAUCUGCCAGUUACAGAUGAUCCUACUGAAUAUCUUGAGAUAAAAUUAUCCAAAAAUAAGAUACAUGAGAAAUCACUUGUUAAUAAUCAUGAGAAACUUCAACGAUCCUCUCGUAAAGACCAUCUUUCAUCAGAAGGUUUUAAAUAUUGGUCAGAAAUGUACAAAGAAAAUCUUCGUCAAGCAGAUGAAAACCUAACUGUAUUACAGUCAAAAAUAAGAGAAUCUUUGUUGUUAACUAGCAGUCAUAAAAAAACCAACUCAAAUCUCUGCAAUAAUGCAACACCAAAUUCACUCACUAAAUAUAAUCCGACGACAAUAACGAAGGAUUCACAUAUUGUAAGCAAUUUAUCUAGAUGUUUCUCAUCAUCGGAUCUUUUGAACAUUGUAGAUAACAAUCAAACAUAUUGUAAAAGAUUAGAGGUAUUUUCUAGUCCUGUGAAAAAAAUUGAAAAUACAUUUAAUGAAGAUAUUCUAUGCCCUGAAGUUGGUAUAUCUCCAACUGCUGUCAUUCAAACAGAGUCAUCUAAUAGAAAUGAUAAACAUAUUGGCCAUGAUGUAUCGUCUUUAGAUGCCAAUUCAAAAUUAUCUUCAUCUAUACUUCGUGAAAAUAUGAAAAAUUCUACAUAUCAGCUCACUCCAGGUAGAACGUGUUUAACAGAACAAAAUGCCAGUGUAGAAAAAUCGACUGAUGGAAUUCAAGAGGAUCAAAGUAAUAUGAAGUUAAAGCCCAAUAAAAGCUUGAUUAAUUUAUCAGAAUGUAUUAGUCAUUUAGUUGAAGAACGUUCUCGUGUACAAGGAAAAUUGUUUCGUCUUAAGUUACUUUAUAAAACUUACAAACGACGUCUAGACAAUUUAGAUGCCAGUUUAUCAGCACUACAAGAACAGACUAACACAGAACAACCAUCUUCUAAUGUUUUACCAAUCUCUAAAAUAUACAAACAAAAUGGUAAUACUAAAAAUAUCCAAGAGAAAAGAAAUUCAUCAGUGUUUACGAAUUUGACGAAUGAAAACGAUGCAAAUGUUCCAUUACUACCUCAGCAUUCAAAUGUCACUACAUGUAUCAAUGAUUUAAACGAAUCUGCCAAUAAUAGAUUACAUUCUCGUUUAUCUUAUUGUCAUCAUUAUCAUCAAAAUCCUAAUGUUUCACGCGUAAAACGUUCAGUGUCAGUACCUCGUUCUCCAAUUUCAUGUAAUUAUCUCAGAAAUUCAAAUAAUCCACAUAUAUCAUCUCAUCAUUUACAUGAUAGUACUUCAGUUUCACGUGAUCUAGCAGUAUCAUUGGCUUCAAUCGAUGUACAAUUGCAUAAUGUUUUGAAACAUCUUGAUUCAAAUACUGAUGAAAGUCUUCAAUCACACAUAAACCAUUACAUACAAAAUCAUUAUCCUAUUUCUACUGUAACUGAUGAACAACACCACUGUACUAAUGAUGAUACAAAUGUUAUACAUAUUCAACGUUGUUUGGAAAAUAUAAAUUUAAGUAAUGAACCAUUACUUGAAGGUGGUUGUAGUGGUGGUAGUUGUAUAUCAAAUAAUUUAACUUGUUCACCUUCAUGUAGUUGCAAUAAAACUCUGUCUCAUAGAACAAUGGAUUUAUUGCAUUCACCAACCAACUGUUCACCGAAUUCAAAUAUAGAUUUAAUGUCAAAUAAACGCAACAGCAUUUGUACAUCGAGGCUCUUGAAACCCACUACUCACAAAACUGUUAAAUCAGUACUAUAGGACAGCAUUGAUCAGUGUCAACACAAUCUGUGCACCUAAUUCAUCACAUGUAUGAAUCUCCGUUUCCAAUCCUUAUAUAUAUAUAUAUAUGACCUUUUUAUUAAUGUUAUAUUAUUUGUGCUUCUAUCCAAGACUAUUUUUGCAUACCAAUUUUUUUUUAGUGUACCCUAUAUUUUAUUAAGUUUUAUAACUCAUAAAUAAAUAAAUAUAUUUAUUUGGUUUU